AUGAGUUCUUACUUCGUCAAUUCCCUCUUAUCUAAAUAUAAAGGGGGUGAUUCUCUGCGCUCCAACUACUAUGACUGCUCGGGGUCUGCGCAGGAUCUUGGAGGCAGACCAUCUGUGCUGUACGGUCACAAUACAGGAUCUGCUUUUCAACAUCCGGCUCAGUUCCCGGAAUUUUACCACCACGGUACAUCAUCCUUAUCCCACGCAUCUUACCAGCCUCAGAACUCUGGCACAGUACCGUACUCUGGAGAAGCCACGGGAAAUAUUUUAGUUCAGGAUACUUUACAGAGACCGUCUUUCUCUAGCGCACCAAAUGCGGAUUUUGGGCAAUUUGGAGAUUGCAAUGUAAAGGUAAACAGUAUCAGAGAUGACUUGGAAUGUGCGGAACAUUGUGCAGCGCAGCUCUUCCCAUGGAUGAGAUCACAAGCUACCGGCCGGAAAAGGGGACGGCAAACCUACAGCCGCUACCAGACGCUGGAGCUGGAGAAAGAGUUUCUGUUCAAUCCCUACCUGACCCGCAAGCGUCGCAUCGAAGUUGCUCAUGCGUUGGCCCUCACUGAGAGACAGGUGAAAAUCUGGUUCCAAAACAGGCGUAUGAAGUGGAAAAAAGAACACAAAAUAGACAAGUUUCCAAGCAGCAAAACGGAACAAGAGGAAAUAGAGAGACAAAACCAAGAGGUAUCAAAGAAACAAACAUCAGAAGAAGAGGACUCAUCCGACAAAGUCUAAUUUCAGUAAUUCUAAAUAGUCAACUGACUAUAAAAGAGUAUUGGAUCAAUCAACUGUAAUUGAAAUAAAGACUAAGAUGUAAAUACACUAAGGCAAUUUACAAGAUUACUGCAAUCGAACUCAAAGUCAAUCAUAUGGGCCUUUUCAUUGAAUGUUUUGUCGAUUUCCACAGUUUAUGAGGCACUUUUGUUUUCAGCGUUUGUUGAGGUACGAUUUAAAAAAAAAAAAAAAAAGAGGGAUUAUUUCUGCAACGUGUUUGAAUGAAGCCAUCUCAUUUCUUUCUCGAGCAGAUUACUCUUGAGGUUACGGUUGCAGUGAGGGCAUAUGAGGCAAUGCUGUAUGUCUACCUCAUGCAUGACACCGCAUCCCUUUCCAAUCUUCAAUAUCAGUGGGAGUCAUUAUCCACGAUAUUCGUUUUCUUCAGUAACUGUAAUACCCUGUAAAAUAGGGCGACAUCUGCUUUUGAGGAAUCAGCAUUAGUGAGUGCACUGUUGUAUCAUUAGCACUUUUUGAAAACUGUACAGGUUCUUCAACCGAACUACGUAAUCUGUGUUAUUGGGCCAAUCAUUUUGUCAGUGUGCAUCCAUGCGUUAUGCUUUCAUAAGAGGGGAUAAAUAAAACGCAAAAUGUGUGUGUAUGUGUGUGUGAGUAAUUAUUUGAUAUCCCAGUUCUGUUG